UGGGCUGAUAACAGGGACCUAUAAAAGGCAGGGGGAUUGGCUUUGCGUUUACUACAUCCCUGAAGCAAUUAGCUCCAAAAGCACCAAGCCACUGCCUUCUCUCGUAGCAGCAUUGGCGCCUCUGCUCGUGUGCGGGAGAGAAAGAGAGCUGGGAGGAGGCAGCUUGCCAUUUACAUUACCUGGGGGGGUGGAAAAAUAAAAGAUGUGGCAGCCCCUGUGCAAAGCGCCGACGUCCCUGGCUCUGCUCGGACUCUGUUGUGCAAUGGUGGCCGAUUCCCUGCCUUUCUCCGACGCAGGGCCACACGUGAACUAUGGCUGGGGGGAGCCCAUCAGAUUGAGGCACCUCUACACUGCCAGCAAGCACGGACUGUUCAGUUACUUCCUGAGGAUCAGCAAUGAUGGCAAAGUGGACGGCACCACCAGCCAGAGUCCUCAAAGUUUGCUGGAGAUCAGGGCCGUGGCAGUUCGCACGGUGGCGAUCAAGGGCGUGCACAGCUCGCGGUACCUCUGCAUGGAGGAGGAAGGGAAGCUGCACGGGCUUCUCAGGUACUCUACAGAGGAUUGUUCCUUUGAAGAGGAGAUCCGCCCAGAUGGCUACAAUGUAUAUAAAUCCAAGAAAUAUGGAAUCUCUGUGUCUUUGAGUAGUGCCAAACAAAGGCAACAAUUCAAAGGAAAAGAUUUUCUUCCAUUAUCUCAUUUCUUACCCAUGAUCAACACUGUGCCUGUGGAGUCAACAGAUUUUGGGGAAUAUGGUGAUUAUAGCCAUACUUUGGAAUCAGAUAUAUUUUCUUCACCUCUUGAGACUGAUAGCAUGGACCCCUUUGGAAUCACCUCUAAAUUAUCUCCAGUGAAGAGCCCCAGCUUUCAGAAAUAACUAAUAGCCCUGACUUUAUAUAUAAUUUUAAAGAAACAUUGACAGAACCAGUGUAUUAUUUAGCUCUUCCAGUAGUAGUAUUUAGAACAUUUUUACAUGUAGAGUAUGGUGCUAACAUUGUUCUUGCAAUGUCCCCAACCUAUAAGAAGGCAGCAUUCUAAAAAACUAUCUAUUCAUGUUUAAUAACAUAUUAGGGAAAAAAUAUAACACCCAACCAAAAAAAGCAUAAUUUGUUCAGCUCUGAUAAAAUACAUAAUGAUCAGGGAUCCUUUCUAUCUGGCAACGGCUACAGUGAAAAAAUCAUUAACAUUUUUCUCUGUCAGUUCGUUACUACUUCGUACUCACCCCUGAUUCCUUCUGAUAGGAGCAAAAGUUUCGCAUUUGCAGUAAGGUUAAUGAACUCUUAACUUCAUAGCCUUUAAAAGCAAACAUUUGGACUAAAGUAUGAUUAAAAGCCUAACAAAUAUGUGAACUAGGGUUAAAUCUCUCUCUUAAAAAGUUGCUGACAAUGCUCUGGGAAACCUUUCCCCUGAAAACAGUCCA